CACUCGCCGCUGUUCCCUGUAAUUCUCGGCGGGGCCGGUUGGUGUCGCCACCCGCAGCGACUCUCAGGCAGCCCGCGAGACAUGUGGCUGAGACUUUCUGAAAGCUUCGCUCCGCUUUUAGCCCAAAACACUUCUGCGAUAGUGCGAGUGAUCGUCGCUUCGUAGCGGAGCUCUGGACUCUUAGAAACACUUCCCGAGCUGCAAACCAGCCGCAGUUGCACUCACAGUGGUGAGCAGGACCGGACAUGACUGGAGCCGGAAGCAGCGGCCAGGGUCCGCCUGAUGGGACGGAUACUGAGGAGGCGGAGAGGUGUCCUAUCUGCUUGGGCGUCCUGGCCGGAGGCGAGCUCGCCAUGCCAGACAGCUGCUGUCAUGUCUUCUGCCUCAGAUGCCUCCUCACAUGGGCAGAGUUACAGAUGGCUCCUUCCUGUCCAGUGGACAGAAGACCUUUCACUAAUGUUUACAGAUGGGAUGGGAAUCUGAGCUGUGUGCAGGUUCCUGUGAGGAAGAGAACAACUCAGCUUGAAGCUGAAAUUUGCUGCUGUAGAAACCCUGAACAAAAAGUCUGUCUCAAAAGUAAACCUCCAAGAAGAUUGAGACGGCAAAAAGCAGAGAGGACGGCAGAUGCCAUAACAAAAGGACUUGUGAGGAAAUGUAACGAUGAAGACCCCUCGUCUCUGAGCAGAAAAAAGGUGCGAGGAACAGAGUGCUGCACUUGGUCACCAUCUCCCUGUGUCUCAACCACACCAUCACAGGACAUUGCAGAGCCUGUUUGGGUGACAGAGGAGAUACCUUACGAUGCUGGUUUCACACCCUGCAAACCCAAAGUGCAAGAGUGUCCGUGGCUGACUCCUGCUGCUCCCAUCCCUGUCAAUGGCACCUCAAGGCGGAGUUUCCAUCCUGCAAGUUGGAACCACAGCCCAUUUCCAUUUGGACUCUGCUCAUCUCCCUUGACCUCCAGCUCAGUGUUCAGCCCCGGACAUUUUGUGUUUGAGGGUGUUGUCUGCGCCAUCACAUGUCCCAAAGGAGGAGAGAAGAGAGGCAGCCGUGCCUCAACCUCCAAAGCGCCCACCAAAGAGGCAGAGUCUGUACCGACCAGACGAUCCGGACGCAACAGUAAAACCCAGGAAGAGACUCCAGCGACUGACCCCUCAUCGCCGCCUCAGUCCAGCUCAUCAGACUCUGACUCAUCUAACAACAACCAGACUGCCAAGCCAGCCAAGACUUCUCAGGCACCGGCCAAGAGGAAGGUGACAAACCGAAAGGCCAGCGGCAAGCGGAAAGCCGCGGCAAGAAAAAAGCGCUCUCCCGAACCCAUUAGCAGUCUGGCCGCUAGUGAGGGGGAAGAAGAUGCUGACGGAGUUGACAACAAGGAGAAGGAGGAGGACGAAGAAGACAAAAGUGAUAAAGAGCCGGAUACAAACAUAUCAGAGCAGCAGCAGUCUGAUACUGAAGGGAGCCUCAGUGCCGACCAGGACGGUGUCAACUCUGCUGACGUGCAAGUAAGUGCAGAAUCUCUGAGUAACGACGCGGCACAGGACAGUGAUGACACUCAGGAACCACCUCAUGAACAAGAAGAGAAGCCAGAUGAGGACGAUGACGAGCCGUAUUACCCCCCUGACUUGUCUGCUAACAGCCCCAGUUCAUGUUCCGAGGGCGACGAGAGCAAAAAAGAUGAGGAAGAGCCAGCCAGCCCAGUUUCCUCUGUAGACAAGUACUCUGAGAAAACUCCUUCACCCUCUGACUCUCACAACGCUCUGCUGGAAGACCUGACGUCUCCAUGCUGUGAUGAGCAAACAGGGCAGGAUGAUGAAAUGGAGAUUUCAGAGUCCGAAGAAGCCAAGGAAGCAAAGGCUGACUCGUUUGAAAACUUGUCAGAACCUGGCUCGCCCCCUGCUGGGGAUUCACAGGAUGUUCUAGCUGACCCUGGAGCGAAAGCUUCUGAAGACACUGUCUCUAAAACGCUUGUAACAGAAGAGCAGUCAGUCGGUGACAGUUCUGGGGAAGAAACCAAGGAUGACGGUCCCUCCAAGGAUGACACUAAUGUAAUCCCCAUGGACUGUAGUUCACCCAUGAGUGACCAUGGUAACGGUGCCAUUUUGGAUCUGCCAAAGGAGAGUGCUGACCCAGCUGAUGCGGGAGCCCCUCCUUCUGAAAGCCAAGUCACCAAGGACGAGAGCCACAAGGACCAACAGGAGAGGGAAAAGAGCCCGGAGAGGAAGAACGGCAGGCAGCGGCGCUCUCGCUUCCACUCCCCGACCUCCACCUGGUCACCUAAGAGGGAGUCCAAACGUGAAUCAUCCAGGCGCUCACGCUCACGGUCUAGAGAGCGGGAUGGCAGCCCGCCUUCCGGCCACUCGUCCCGGGCUCGCAGCAGAGAAAGAGACAGGGACAGGGAUGGCGAGAGAGACUAUUCUAGGAGGGAGCGUAGUCAUGAAAGGAGGAGACGGCGAUCGAGGAGUCGCUCUAAAUCCAGGUCCCGCUCUCGGUCCAGGUCCAGAUCCAGAACAAGGUCUUACAGACGGGGGCCCAGCCCCGAAUGGCCAAACUCCAGAGAGCAGUCUCCACAGAAGAAGGAGCGCAGAGGCGGAUGGAGGCCAGGACAGGGUGGUGGGUCAGGUAGUGAGGGACGGAGGUAUCACGGAGGCGCUGGCCGCUUAGAAAAUGGUGUGCCUACCGAAGGUUCCCCUGAUCGCCAGGCCUGGUCAGAUAAUCCUGACUGGGUUACAGAAAAGACUCGCGGGGAAGCUGAAAGCAAAAACCGGGAUGCUGGUUUUAGCGGCGGCUCACGCUGGGAAGACAACCGCAACAGUGGUGGGAACAGAGGAGAGACACGUGGCAGGGGGGGCCGGGGAGGUGUUGAACGGGGGCGGGGUGCCGGGCGGGGCGGUGGCAGCCGUAGCUUUUACAAUCAGCAGGAGGAAACGGGCGAUAAUCGCUGGCCCAGAAAUAACUUCUCAGGUACAGGCAACAAUUCAGGGAAUGAUGCAUACAGCCGCUUCAACGAAAACCGAGGGGGUGGCCGGAGAAAAGACAUGGAUCCAACUGACUCUAUGCUCGAUCGGUCGGGGUGGUCAUCAGCAUCCAGCUGGGCUGUCAGGAGAACGCUUCCUGCGGACGUCCAGGACUAUUACUCAAAAAGGGAGAGGGGAGGAGCAGGAGGCUGGAACAGAUCAGAGGAGGAGCAGCCAGCAGCAGCAGCAGCAGGAGCAG